CCCGCGGCUUCCCCCUCAAAUCAGAAUUCAAGCCCGGUUCCUUGCACACCAAGGAGACCAGAGGACUGUCGCAGGCUGGGGACUGAAAACCCCUUUCAAACCCACAGCGGGCUUGGCUUACAUAGCUACCCCAGCACGCCCUGGUGGCAGCCCUGUUCAGUGAGGAGGAGGGCACAGGCGAGUGAAGCAAUGGUCAGAAUAGCAGCAGCCCAGGGAGGGACCCAGCUCGAGCUUGCCCCCGCAGAGAGAGGGCUAGCAGCCAAGGGCGCCACUCAAUCACCAGCGCGCGCUGUGCCACCCCUGGACAGGGACACGAGCGGCUGCGCCCGGCCCCUCUCCCGGCGCGGCAGCAGGAAGGGGCCGAACCGCACGGCCGCAGCCUGGCUUGAGAGCGGCCGGGAGCAGCCGAGGCGCGGGCUACGCACCCAGCAGGAGACCGUCCAUAUCAAAGAUCAGGUGUCACACUACAAGUAUGCUGUGACGGGUGGGACCUUCCCAUCCAGGAUGCCACCUGAUGUGCUGGAGUUCCACUUCACUUCUGUUCCACCAACCUGGACUUCCUCAUCCUGUCCUUGCUGUGUCAGACCCCCAAGCCUUCUCUAGCACACACACAGUUAAUGAGAGUGGACUUUCCACCCAUAUAGUGGUGAUAAGUGCAUGCAGCCACCUUGUUUGAAAUCUGGAGGCAGAAAGUGAAACAGCCAGACGUGAGAUCCAAGGGAUUGGACUGGUGAAGUCCCUCAAAACUACCCAGGGAAAAAAAGUAGUGCUUGGGGGAUGGCGGCAGCGAUACCAGAUCUAAGCUGGAACCUCUUAACGUCAACUAGCAAAAGGCACAGAGGGAGUGCACAGGGGUUACGGGAAUCUCCGCAGUCUGGAGGAAGAUGAGGAUCCUUGUACUUCUACUAUUUUAUCACUAUGCCACAAAGAAUGCCAAAAGUUACAGAACUUCAAACCCCAACUUUAUUUUAAUCAUGGCUGAUGACCUUGGCAUUGGAGAUCUUGGAUGUUAUGGAAACAAAACGUUAAGAACCCGCAAUAUUGACAAGCUAGCUAAAGGAGGAGUGACAUUUACUCAACACAUAGCAGCAUCUCCACUGUGUACCCCAAGCAGAGCAGCUUUUCUGACAGGCCGAUACCCUGUCAGAUCAGGAAUGGCUGCAUUGUCAAACAUUGGUGUCUUCUUAUUUUCUGCCUCUUCUGGUGGACUUCCCACUGAAGAAAUAACUUUUGCAAAACUUUUAAAGCAGAAAGGUUAUUCUACAGCUCUUAUAGGAAAGUGGCAUCUUGGGCUGAACUGUAACAGCAGGGAUGACUUCUGUCAUCACCCCCUCAAUCAUGGAUUUGAUUAUUUCUAUGGACUCACCGUGACCAGUCUUAGAGACUGCAAACCAGGGGAAGGCAGCGUGUUUGUGGCAGGGGUUCGAGCAUACCUUGCCACUCCACUUCAGCUCAUCGGUAUUAUCCUAAUCUCUUUGGAGGUGCUGCAUUAUAUUGGCCUCCUCAGAAUACCCCGUGGAGCACUGCGCUACUUCUUUUUAAUAUCUACAGUUUUAUUUGGACUUUUGCUCAUUUUCUUUUAUACUUUUCGAUAUCUAAACUGCUUCUUAAUGAGGAACCACCAGAUUAUCCAGCAGCCACUGUCCUAUAAGAACCUUACUCAAAGAUUGACGGAAGAAGCUGUACAGUUUAUAAGAAGGAAUGCUGAUACACCAUUUCUUCUUUUUCUGUCCUACCUUCAAGUCCACACUGCUCUAUAUGCAUCAAAGGAUUUCAAAGGAAAGAGCAAACAUGGUUUAUAUGGGGAUGCUGUAGAGGAAAUGGACUGGAGUGUAGGAAAGAUUCUGGAUGUGCUAGAGAAAUGGAAUUUGAAUGAUAAGACUCUUGUAUACUUCACAUCUGACCAGGGGGCACAUGUUGAAGAAGUCUCUAGCACUGGAGAAGUCCAUGGGGGCUAUAAUGGAAUUUAUAAAGGUGGAAAGGCUACAAACUGGGAAGGAGGUAUUCGUGUGCCAGGUCUUCUUCGCUGGCCAGGAAUGGUACAGGCGGGUGUCCAUAUUGAUGAGCCUACAAGUAACAUGGAUAUAUUCCCUACAGUUGUUAAACUUGCAGGGAUACCAUUACCCAAAGACAGAAUUAUUGAUGGACAUGAUCUGAUGCCCUUGCUUCAAGGGAAAAUUCUCCGAUCCGAGCAUGAAUUUCUCUUCCAUUACUGUAAUGCAUAUUUAAAUGCAGUGCGCUGGCAUCCAGGAAACAGUGAAUCUAUUUGGAAGGCUUUUUUCUUCACUCCAAACUUUGAUCCAGAAGGCUCCAACGGUUGCUAUCAUUCCCAUGUGUGCUAUUGCUAUGGAAGGCUUGUCACACACCAUAACCCACUGUUACUCUUUGAUCUCUCCAGAGACCCCGGAGAGAAGAAUCCACUAACACCAGAGACUGAACAUCAUUUCUAUGAAAUCCUUGAUAUCAUUCAACAAGCAGUAAACAACCAUACCAAAUCAUUGCAUGUAGUCUCCAACCAGUUAUCAUGGGGGAAUAUCCUUUGGAAGCCCUGGCUUCAGUUAUGUUGCUCAUCCAUCUUUCUGUCUUGUUACUGUGACCAUGAAUCAGAGGAAAAACUAAGUUUGCCCACAGCAUGACACCUUUGAAACACACACAUGCUUUUUGGAUAACAAAUCUGCAAUUUUACCUACAAUAAUUGGAACAAGCGGUACUGGUAGGUUGUUUCGUUUGAACCAGUACAACACCUAACCUUUACAAUCCCACUGGGGUCCUAGGACUCUGUCAUAGGUGUAUAGCAUCUGCUGGAAUCCCAAAUCCUACUAUAUAGGGUAAACCAUCUUUUAAAUACACCAUUGCCAAAUAUUUUGGGGGGAGGGAAAACUAAUCCUGGACCCUCCAUUCCGGAGGAAGGAGUGGCAUAAUCCUUUCUCAUGCAAUGUUUGUAUGAAGCAGGAGUGCUGCCAUAUUCGCAGAUGGUCAUGCUGUAGUCACUCUACAGAGAGUUCUAUUUCUUAAGACCUCUGACUCCAGCUGUGUUCACAAGCUUUGAAGGUAUGUAACUACAGCUUCCAGCUGCAACUGUCACACAUCGCUCCUGCCCCCACUGGUAACUAACGUCUACUGUUAAGACAGUAUUGCGGGAAGGGAAAAACACAAAAAAGAUACUACCGUGAUGAGGACCAUAGAACUACCUAGCUAGAUGGACAAACAGACACAGAAACGAACAGAUAAAGAAAGGACUUGUAGCCACAUUCAUGACAGACAAUCAGUGCUGCUAUAAGACAAAAAAUAGAUGACUGACUGUACAGUACAACUUAUAGAUGACUACACAGUAACCGCUGCCCAUAUUUAACAGGACUAACAGAUGAUGUCAUUUGCAUUCUCCAGUUUCUGGGGGGACAGGUGGGCAUACUGAGCUGCUGACAAGCGGGAAGGCAGAAAAGCAGGAAAAGGAGUGUGUCAUAUGAAGCCUUUUACAGCCACUAAUCAUGUGGAGAGGUCCAACUUGACCCAGUCAACUGGAUCCAUCCUACUUCACCAACAAGGUCCAUAACAACAAAUAUCCCAAAACAGGUUCCAAACACCGAAUGGCCAGUUCUGCCCAAUCCAUAUGUCCAAACUCCAAACACAGGUCGUGCUAUGAGGGUCUCUCUCAGUGGCUAUUGUGCAAACCAGCUGUUUCACUGAUGGCAGAGAACUGUAUUUUUUUAAAAAACAGUCUUACUUCAAAUGUUUGAAAUUAUUACUUUGAAACCCACCUACAAGGUCUGCUAUUUUCUGAGAAGUCUAUACAAAGUAAAUCAGAUUUACCCAAGGCUGAAUGUAUAUACUCUGUAUUUUUAAUAAGGCGUGGGCAAAUCUUUAGCACUUACGGGCUAAUUUCAGUACCAGAGUUUUCUCUGUAUCUUGUUCACUCACAUUUUAUUUUCAUUCUGCAGCAAAGCAAAUUAUUAUUAUUUUUGGCAGGUAUUAUGAACAGGAAAACAUAUCAGCAAUAUAAACUAAAAUUAUGUGGUGCCUAAUAAUAUGAGACUUUCACCCUGUCACAGAAACAUAGUGAAUUCUUGUCCAUCCAACAACAUAAUGCAUUAAGGCAGGCGUCGGCAACCCUCGGCACGCAGCCUGUCAAGGUAAUCCACUGAUGGGCCACAAGACAUUUUGUUUACAUUGACCGUCCACAGGCGGCCUCCCACAGCUCCCAAUGGGCUUGAUUCACGGUUCCAGACCAAUGGGAGCUGUGGGAAGGUGCAGGGAUGUGCUGGCUGCCGCUUUCCCCAGCUCCUAUUGGCCGGGAAUGGCGAACUGCAGCCACUGGGAACUGCGGGGGGCCGUGCCUGUGGACAGUCAACAUAAACAAAAUAUCUCGUUGCCCGCCAGUCGAUUACCCUGAUGGGCCACGUGCCAAAAGUUGCCGACCCCUGCAUUAAGACAAAGGUUCUCAAACUUAGGGUUGCGAGCUGUCAGUCUCUGUACUGUUGGGCUCCCACUAUCAGUCUCAUGCCUGGCUGCCAGCCGAAGCCCAUGCAUGCAUCCAGCUCUGCAGACAGCGCCCCCAUCAGCAGCAGCACAGAAUUAAGGGUGGCAAUGGGGCACUAAGUCUUCUGUGAAAAGUUUCUUCACACCCCCCAGCACUAAACAGUAACUAUUUAAAAAAAAACUUUUCUGCUUAUAACGGUAAUUUGAUAAAAAUAUGUUUUAGUCUUAAUUUAAAAGCAGAUUAAUUUUAAACAAUAGAGUAAUAAAUUUAGCAUUUAAAGUGUGUUUUUAAUUUCUAAGGGGGGCGGUCGCACUCAGAGACUUGCUGUGUGAAAGGGAUCACCAGCACAAAAAGUGUGAGAGUCACUGCAUUAGGGGAUGUUUGAUGGUAUUAGUGAGUCCCUAACACAAUAUGAUUUUUGCUGACAUUAACACUCAAAAACUGUAUUUAGCUAAUAUUAAAGUUGCAAUGCUGUUUUUUCGAGCUGCCUGUCAUGGUAAUAUAUGUCUUGAUUUAGAGUCUAGCCCUCUGCCUAUUAUAACCUAGUGUUUUAUUUGCCUUUUUUAUGAAACUCAUGCAAUGAAGCUCAAGGUUUCACAGAUUUAUCCAUGGCAUCCAUACAUUUUUUCCUGGUAAGUAUGGUGUCAUAUUUCCCAUAUUCCCUAUUUUGGAUGAUUCAUUGCAGAUUCAUCAUUGUACAUUUUUCUAAAUGUUAUGCCAUGCAUGCCAUCCCUAGGUUGACAAUAACAUAGCUAGAUCCUGUGUAUUGUGACAAGUCAGGUCAAAUAACUCCCGGAUAACCCAUAUGGGCUAUUUAUAUUACAGCUGAAAAGCCAUGAGAUGGCCAUUCAGCUUGGUUUCCUAUCUGUUUUAUUAAAUCACAGCAAAUACAUGAUAAAUUGAGCAACAAAGAAAUCUGUUUAUGCUUGUUGUACUGCAAGUACUUUUCUGCUGUCAUCUAUGUGAACUUUUCAAGCAUGAAUGUAUGCAACAUUAUACGUUCUCAUACAUUUCUUGCUUACUAUGCAGUACGUAUUCACCUGAGCUAUUUUACAUUGUUGAACCCAUCUUUGUCCUUACAAUUCCCUAGUUGUGACCUCAAUAACUCUCUCAGUGGAUACUCUUAAAAACAUCCAUAUCUUCUUCCUUUACUCCAGCGGCUGCCAGCUUGCUAUCUUUUUUUCUGCAUGAUGCUGGUGCGACUGUUCUUUUUUUGAUGCAGAUAGCAGUAUAUGCUCUCUGAUUCAAGAGAGGUAAUUACCAAGAGUGGUAAUUCCUCCACCCACCUCUUUGAUCUCUUUCCGCAACUGAAUUAGGCCUGUCCAAUGCCCCCAUUUUCUUUGGAAUCAUCCAGGUCUUUCUGAUCUCCAUGCCUAGGAGCUUUACACACCUCAAAUUCUUCCUCGCCACUUUCCAUUUCAGUCUCCAUAUCUGUUCCAAUCACCACAGUAAAAAGAAAUCUUUUUGAAUAGAUGCAUUUUUCUGAGCUCUACAACUCUAAUCCUCUACUUAUUAGUUAAGGUCUAACAAGAAUGCUUGAGUUAACUGUAUAUUAUAACAUCAAAGACAUUUAAAAAAGCAUGGACAGUUGAAGUUAUUUCUUGUUUGUGCCAUAUUUCAUAUUUAUGAAAAUAUGAUGUAACACAUUUAAUUUUUUGACACUGAAAAUAAAAUCUGCAAUCUAAUUUUAUAAUUGUUACUUCAAUAAAAUUGUAUUAAGUAUAACACUAUAUUUUUCAGCAGUUAUACUGGAUGCUAUUUUUUUUUAGUGCUUAAUAAAAUAAUCCCCCCAACAUAACAAAUGUAUUGUGCCUUUCGGUGACAUACAUCGGAUCCUGAUAGUUAAAACAGUCUUGUAUGUAUGCAGAAUAAAAAGUGAAGCACAAUGUACCAUCUUGUACAGUAGCAUCAUCUGCACUAAUAAAGCAAAGUUUGUUUUCCACAAUG